CUCCUUAAAAACCGCAUGGUAUUAUCCUGGGGAAGCGACUUGAAUAGCGUUUCUUAUAAAACCACAGAAUCCUCGCUGGCCCGCUCGCUUCUUUGCCUCUUUGCCUCCCUGACUGUCCGUCUCCAAUCUAUUCUCCUUCUACAGAUUGCUACCAGAGUUCGAUUCAGUAUGCCCAAAAAGAGUUCUUCAAAGAAACAACUAAGUGCUGAUAUAGAGCAGGGAAAACCUUCUCCAUUGAAUGUGCCCAAAAAGAUUUAUUCAAAGAAACCUAUACAAGAACAAGAAAAUGCAGACGUAGAGCAGGCAAAACCCUCUUCAACACCAAUGAAAGUGGGUAAUGAGAUAGAUGAAAUUUUCUCUGGAAAGAAGAGGAAGAAAUCUGAACAAAAGAAAGUUGACAAGGCAAAUGUAAAUGGGGAAGAGAAACCAAAAUUGACGACAAAGAAGAAGAAGAAGAAGAGUAAAGAAGAUGAAGAGGGAAGGUUUACAGACCCGCCUUGUAGGUCUCGGAAGAAAACAGAAGAUGGGAUGAACAUAUAUACGGAAGAGGAAUUGGGUUUUAGCAAGAGCAGUGGUGGAGAUACCCCUCUUUGCCCAUUUGAUUGUGAUUGCUGUUUUUAAUGAUCCUUGCUGAUGGGUUUAGCUGCUUCCUUGAUAGAGUGGACUUAUUGAGAUAUCAAUGUAGUUUUGUGAUUCUGAAUUUUUAGUUUGCUGAAAAUUCUGUGAAAAAAUUUCCCGUGCACUGGAAUUUUUGUUGUAUGAAACUUGGUAUUUUAAUCAAUUUUGCCAGCUUUCUUAGAA